CCUUGUCCUCCCCGGUCCCCAGUCCAUUGCUCUUAACAACCACACUGGCUGUCUUUCAAGAAACAUAAAUGAAAUAUAAAUCAGUCAGUGGGGGAGGAUCAGCCCACUGUUGUCCUUUUUUGGGGUUGGGGGUCCUUCCUGCAGCAGCGUUUCUCAUACCCUUCUCAACUCUCCCUCAGGCCUGGCUACAGCAAUAUGGUUACCUUCCACCUGGAGACCUUCGCACGCACACCCAGCGUUCCCCCCAGUCCCUCUCCGCUGCCAUCGCGGCCAUGCAGCGAUUCUACGGGCUUCAGGUGACGGGCACGGCCGACGCCGAGACUUUGAAGGCUAUGAAGAGGCCCCGCUGUGGCGUCCCAGACAAAUUUGGAGCCGAAAUCAAGGCUAACGUGCGGCGCAGGCGUUAUGCCAUCCAGGGGCUGAAGUGGACACACUACGACCUUAGCUUUUGUAUCCAGAACUACACGCCCAAGGUGGGCGAACAUGCCACCUUCAGCGCGAUCCGGCGUGCCUUCAGCGUGUGGCAGUCGGUGACGCCGCUGCGCUUCCGCGAAGUGCCCUACUCCUCCAUCCGCGAGGGCCACGAGCCACAGGCCGACAUCAUGAUCUUCUUCGCGGAGGGUUUCCAUGGCGACAGCACCCCCUUCGAUGGCGAGGGAGGGUUCCUGGCCCACGCCUACUUCCCCGGACCACACAUCGGCGGAGACACGCACUUCGAUGCGGCGGAGCCCUGGACGUCCCGCAACGACGACCUUAGCGGAAAUGAUAUUUUUCUGGUAGCUGUGCAUGAGCUGGGCCAUGCGCUGGGUUUGGAGCAUUCAAAUGAUCCAUCUGCCAUCAUGGCACCCUUCUACCAAUGGAUGGACACAGAGAACUUUGAGCUGCCCGAAGAUGACCGGCGUGGCAUACAGCAACUGUAUGGGUCCCAAACUGGCCACCCCAGUAAACCUCCACCCAUCCCUCGAACAACUGUGAAGCCCCGUGUCCCAGGCCGGCCACCGAAGAACCCAACCUAUGGCCCCAACAUCUGUGACGGCAGAUUCGACACCAUUGCGGUGCUCAGAGGCGAGAUGUUUGUAUUCAAGGACAAAUGGUUUUGGCGUGUCCGGAAUAACCGUGUGAUGGAUGGGUACCCCCUCCCCAUUGGCCAGUUCUGGGUUGGUCUCCCUGCAACGAUCAACACAGCCUAUGAGAGGAAAGAUGGAAAAUUCGUCUUCUUUAAAGGGGACAAGCACUGGGUCUUCAAUGAAGCCACCCUGGAUCCUGGGUACCCCAAGCACAUCAAGGAAAUGGGCAGAGGACUUCCCACUGACCGGAUCGAUGCUGCUCUUUUCUGGAUGCCAAGUGGGAAAACCUACUUCUUCCGGGGAAAUAAAUACUACCGUUUCAAUGAAGCAACUCGAUCCGUUGAGGCCGACUACCCCAAGAACAUCAACGUCUGGGAAGGAAUCCCCGAAUCGCCCCGGGGGGCAUUUAUGGGUAGUGACGAGGCAUUCACUUAUUUUUACAAGGGGGAUCGGUACUGGAAGUUCAACAAUGAGAAACUGAAGGUGGAGCCGGGAUACCCCAAGUCGGUGCUCCGGGACUGGAUGGGAUGCAGUUCCGACGACCGGCGCGAAGGAGAAGAAGUUAUCAUAAUUGAGGUGGACAAUGCACCCGAAGGGGAGGUGAACGCGGUCGCUGUGGUUCUGCCCGUCCUGCUUUUGCUUAUCGUCUUGGCUGUGGGAAUUGCCAUAUUCGUCUUCAAGCGCUACGGCACCCCCAAACGGUUGCUGUACUGCCACCGUUCUCUGCUGGAUAAGGUCUGACAGGGCGAGCCUCUUCCGCGGGCACGGGAGCGCAGGUUUCCUCCUGUCUCCCACCGGUGGCCACCAUCUCCCCCCCCCCCCGUGCGCGGUUCUCAAACUCCCUUCCCCGUGUUCGUGCUUUUCAUCCGCUCCCUCCUCCCCGCUCACCUGCCACAUGUUCCGCUCCCUUACCUGCCUCCCCACAGGCGCCUUCUUCUGCCGCUCGCCCGCCGCUCGCCGUGCUCCUCCACCGCUUCCAACUCGAGCAUCCUCUCCGCUUCUUGUGCAUUCACCUCCUCCUCCUCCUCCUCUCCCUCCUCCUUCACUCUUCACCUGGUCCUUUCCCCACCGUUCCUCCCUCUCUUCUACCUCCGUGCUUCUCCCCCUCCUCUCCUCACGCCCCAGCUCUCCCACACGAUGUCUUGGCGGUCUCUGUGCUGAGCACGUUCACUAACAUAACUUGAGGAGGCAAAAGAGGACUUCUCGCCGUGCUGAGUGUGGCGCCAUCAGCCCCUCGUCGCACCCUUCCCACGACGGAGCAUCUCUGGGCCUCGCCUCAGAGGAGAGGAAACGUCACCUUGAGCUGGCAGUUUGCAGAGCGGGGUGGGGGGGUGGUGGGGGGAGGAAGCCAGUACUUCAAACAUCCUCUUAUUUCCCCCCUUCAGACCUUGGUUGGAUCAAGGUGAAGUUCUCAUGGCGAAAACCCUGUCCAGAAUAUUGGUCACAAGGUCUCUCGUUCUGCCUAAAUAAUCGUCUUUUCCCUUUGUCCUCGCCGCCAUCCUGUUUUUUCCAAGGAUCUGUGGAGAUUACUGGCUGGCACAAAGAUAGAUGCUCCUCAGGGGCUUAGAGGGUGAAAGCAGGAUCUUUAAACUCUUCAGGGUGUGGCCUGGAAAGGUGCAGGCGAAGUCACCCCUGAGGGCCACUUGCAGAUUUUGGAGCCGUGUAGACGAAAAAGGGGCAACUCCAGCAUUCUUGGGGUGGGAGGGGGGCUGGAGAGGAAUCGCAGCCUGCAGCCGGAAAGGAAUUGCAGCAUUCCAAAGGGAUCUCUUAUCAUUCCGUUGGGCAUGGCUUGAAUAGGCAGGAGGAGCCAUGGCUGAUCCAUAGGAUGGCUUACGUUGACGACCUGGUAGGGAGGGCAGCUGAUGGGGAUGCCAGCUGAGAUCUGGGAUGCAGAAGCAUCCCAAAAGGCCAGAGCUGGCCUUGAGGGUGGUGGGGGAAAAGAGACGCCCCCCACCAUGUCGGUGUAAUGGGACAUGGCAAUCUUGUAUGCUUACGGAAAAGGGGGCAUGUCUGAGAAGGGAGGGGGGUGCUUGUGUGGCCCUGAGCGAGACGUCGUGGUAGGACAGCUCGCCCCAACCCGGUGCUUUGCAGAUGCGUCGCCAACACGCCCGGAAGGCAUCGGGUUAGGAACGGCUGCUGUAAGCAGAACGUGGAACACCGUGAUGGCUGUCAGCCGCAGCCAGAUUUUGGCAGCAUGGGUUGCAAAAGUGUUUACUCUGACAUCUGACCAUACUACCAUAAAGUUUACAAUUGUCGCUUCCAAUCCAUCCCGGAUCCUACAAGAAAAUAAACAGCGGUUUGCAAAAUUUGGGGGGGGGGGGGAAGCGGAAGAAAAUGAACAUUGCACCAAGAGAAUUGCCUCAAACUGCCUUAUCCUUCUUUCUUAGGGAAAAUUUUUAAUUUUGUUUUGUUUUGUUGGACUAUGUAAUUUUAAUUAUUCUAUAGAAAUGCCUUUUUAAAAAAACAAAAAGUUAAAAAUAGUGCAUUAAUAGGGUGGGGAAAAUAGAACAGGGGUGGGAAGAGAAACCCAAUUUCCUGCGGGACGGGAAUGGGGUGUCUAAACUCUCUCCUGUUCAGACCAUUUUUAACUGGGAAAGGGCUCUCGGUUGUGUUUUUUCAAAUGGUCUCCAAACGGAAUUAAACUGUGUUUAACGAUACAUUUGUGUUUGUGGGUGGGUUUUAAUAUUGUUUAUUGUUCCACUUGAUUAUUAUUGUUGUUGUUAUUAUUAUUUUGCUAUUAAUAAUAAACACCCAUUCCUCGGGAGGGAAAUAUGCAUAUGUUGCCAGGGCCCUGUAGGCUGUUAAAUUCUGUUAUUACUUUUAAUGUUUAGCAAUAAAAAAACCAUUUCUGGGUGGAAAUGGAUUCAAAAUGCUGGGAGUUGUAAAAGAUUUAUUUUUUGUCCCCACACAAGUUGUUCAUAACUAUUUUGUUAUUAACAAGAAGCACCAGAGAAUUAAAAAUAAUAAUAAUAAAUGCUGGAAUUCCCCCCUUUUAGUAGUAUUUUGUAUUAAAUUGUGUUUUUUUUCUUUUGGGGAAAGAAUAAAUAUAUACACUGAA